AUGUACGAGAACUCGGCGGUGAUCAAUACCUUCAUUGCGGGAGGGUUGGCGGGCGCGACGAGUCGGACUGUCGUAAGUCCGCUGGAGAGGCUGAAGAUCAUCCUCAAUGGGAAGGGCGCAGCUGGUCAGGCGUACGGAGGGGUAUGGCCGGGACUGGUCCGGAUGUGGAGGGAAGAAGGGUUUGCGGGCUUUAUGAAGGGCAAUGGGAUCAAUGUUGUCAGGAUCUUGCCAUAUUCUGCUAUCCAGUUUACAUCUUACGGCUAUGUCAAGACCCUCUUUGCUCGUUGGUCCGGCCAAGAAACGCUAUCUACUCCCUUCCGACUCGCAGCGGGUGCUACUGCUGGUAUCCUUGCAGUGUCUGCAACAUAUCCUCUUGACCUCGUUCGAGCGAGACUAUCUAUCGCUACGGCGAAUAUGUCGCGCUCUUCUGGCUCCAUGUUUACAGCGGAAGAUGCAAAACUCGGCAUCAUGGGUAUGACCAAGAAGGUGUACAGAACGGAAGGAGGCAUCCGGGGGUUGUAUCGAGGAUGUUGGGCCACGGCCGUCGGCGUCGCGCCAUAUGUAUCGCUAAAUUUCUAUAUCUACGAGACUCUCAAACCUAUCAUCCUUCCCGCAGACUAUCAUCCCACACACGACAUCGAGCGUGUUGGACGCCAACUCCUCUCUGGUGCUUUGGCCGGCGGUACCUCUCUCCUCUUCACCCACCCAUUCGACGUCGUCCGGCGGAAGUUGCAAGUCGUGGGCAUAGGCGGAGCAAACAGGGAGUUUGAUGGUGCGAUCGACUGUAUCAGGAAGAUCUCGGCGAGAGAGGGCUUCUGGAAGGGGAUGUACCGCGGACUGGUACCCAAUAUCAUCAAGGUCGUCCCCUCCAUCGCCGUCUCGUUCUACACCUUUGAGACCGUGAAGGACUCUCUGACUCGGUGGUCCAAUCGCGAUCGAGACGACAUCGACUGA